AUGGUUCAAGGAAACCAAAAAGGCCCAGAAGAUAAGGACCAACAUUCCGAACGUUGUUUUACGGUUACCUUGUUCGCGAUUCUCUGGGCGUCUCUGGCAAUGCUUAUCCGUAAUGAGACGAGCAAACUGUGGGGAAGUUGGCGCAAACGCCGUCAACACCACUUCAGUUCACUGCACGACUCGGAAAUACGAAAAGAAUUUGACAAGCCAUUACGUUGA